AUGGCGAUGGCUGAUGACGAUGAUCAUGACGAAAAUGGUGAUGUUACUCCACCCUACCACCAAACUUUUGUCUUUAACGGUCGAACCGAAUCCACGUUCGUCAGGUCCCCCGCCUUACCGUCCCCAGAUAUUGCUGAGUUGACUAUUUGCGUGUGGUUCAGGACGCGUCCUCAAGCAGGGAAUUUCCUCGGUGGCCAUCUUUAUUUCUAUCAUACAGGAGACCACCCAGAUCAAACGAGGAUAGCGCUCUACCAAAACAGCUACGGAAAACUUGAAUUUAAAGUCAUGGAUUCGGUCGCAGGAUAUUCCGACCCGCUUAUCCUAGGAUCCAGUGCGAUGCACCAUUUAUGUGCAACUUGGAAAAGCUCAUCGGGAAUCGUUCGACUUUAUCUUGAUGGGACUCUGAGGUUCACCAGGACUGACUUUGCAAAAGGACAGCUGAUUCCCCACACCAAUAACUCUGGGAUCAUCGGAGCCAAGCGCAUUAGCUUUGAAGGCCCAGUGACGUCUGUUUUUCUUGGUGAGAUCACUGGCUUUGACAUGUGGAGAGCUGAGCUAGCACCGGAAGUGAUUGAUACGUUGUCACGUGGUCCUGGAAGAGAUCGAGGCGAUCUUAUUAAUAUGGCAAAAUUAUUAAGCAGUCACAUGUCUGGUAAUAUUUCCCUACUACCGUCGCCUAAAUCGCCAGUUUCAGCAGUGGAAGACGUGGACUUUCUUCUUCGCUAUAAACCAUCAACGACCGGCGCAUGCGCUAAGACGAUACGCGGGUUUGAAGACAUUAGCUCAUUCACCAUCUCAGUCUGGUUCACGACCAGUAUCGACAACUUCACCAAGACCUUGUUCUCCUAUCGUACCGCUGACCAAGCGGAUGUAUUAAGAGUGGACCUCAGGAAACAGGGCGUGUCCCCCAAUCUCAUCAUAGUCGUCGACAUUUUCUACCUGUCAGAGCUAUUUACGCAUACGUCAACAUCGUUGACAUCUGGCUGGUAUCACCUCGCACUCGAGAAAACCACAUCAAGGGUGAAGUCUUACAUGAAUGGCAUUAACCUCGCCGUCGAUGAAGUCAGUCACUUGGGCCCUGUCUCUUUUCCAGGACGCCUUGUGAUUGGUCAGAAGCAAGAGACAUUCAAUCUAACGGAUGACUGGACUCAGCCUUUUUUGGGUGAUAUCACCCGGUUUGAGUGGUGGAGUCGACUCGUCGAUGAUGAAGUUGUCUGGGUGAAGAAGGCAUUGUCUCAAUGGUGCGGACCGAUGGGAAGCGGUGAUUUGUUCGGAUGGAACGAAGCAAGGGGUUUCAUGGCGGGGAGCUCAUCACCAGAACCUGUCAAACCUUCACGUUGUGCUGCUCCACGUGUAUUGGCUAAUCAAAAAGCCGACAGUUACUGUGAGAAGAAUUGCAUCGUGAACGCAGCUUCCCCGAGAAGAGCUCUCUUUGAUCAACUCAUCGGUGAUACCACGCGACAAUGGCGUUGUUAUGGGGCGGCGUCGGUAAAGGCCAUUAAUGAGAAAUACGGUUAUCAGGCUGAUACGCUGUCUAGCAAGGGGACUUGUAUUCCUGGGCACGCGAUGUGGCAAAGCACAGAGCCAUAA